AUGUUUCAAGUAAAAGGAUGGAAUUUAAAGAAUGAUAAGAAUAUAGCACUUGGUGGUGUAUCUGAAAAGAAGAAAAACAAAAAGAAUAAAAGUAAGAAGAAGACUGAAAUUACUAAUGAUCAGAUUGAUGAUGUUAUAAAUCCAAGUAAAGAAAAAUCUAAAGAUCAAAAGAAAGACAAAUCUAAGCCAAACGACUUAAAAGAUAAAAAACUCAAGACAAAUGAUUUAAGUAAAGACUCGUCUAAAACAGAAAUUAAGGAAGUUAAAAAAUCCAAGAAUCAAAAGAAGAGAAAACAUAAUGAUGAAGAAGAACAACAAAAUAACCCAGAUCAAAUAGAUUCAAAAACCACUAAAAGAUCAAAAUCAGUAGCUAAAGCAGUAUCAACAACAACAAUUCCAAAAGCAACCAUUGAAACAUCAAAAUCACAACCAAUUCCAAUCACAUCACAAACAAAAUUAACACCAUUACAACAAAAAAUGAUGUCAAAAUUAUCAGGAUCAAGAUUUAGAUGGAUAAAUGAACAAUUAUAUACAAUAACAUCAGAAGAAGCCCUUAAAUUGAUAAAAGAACAACCAUCAUUAUUUGAUGAAUAUCAUCUGGGUUUUAGAUCACAAGUUUCAAAUUGGCCUGAAAAUCCAGUAGAUGUAUUUGUAAAUCAAUUUAAAAAUAGAUUACUCACAAGAAAUAUAAAUGCACCUGGUGGAUUACCUGGUAAUAAAGAUAGAAAAAUCAUAGUUGCCGAUAUGGGAUGUGGAGAAGCUCAAUUUAGUCAAGAUAUUACAAAAUUUAUAAGACAACAACAACAACAAAAGCAAAAAUUUAAAAAUUUAAAAGUUGAAAUUAAUAGUUUUGAUUUAAAAAAGCAAAAUGAAUAUAUAACUGUUGCUGAUAUAAAAAAUGUUCCUUUGGAAGAUGAGUCUUGUUCAAUUGUUAUAUUUUGUUUAGCAUUGAUGGGAACAAAUUUUUUAGAUUUUAUUAAAGAAGCAUAUAGAAUAUUACAACCAAGAGGUGAAUUAUGGAUAGCUGAAAUAAAAUCAAGAUUUAGUGAAAAACCAGAAGAAGAACAAGAAAAUGUUGAAAAUUCUAAAGUAGGUCAAGAAUUUGUUGAUGCUUUAAAAUUAAAUGGAUUCUUUCAUAAAUCAACAGAUAAUUCAAAUAAAAUGUUUACAAGAUUUGAAUUUUUUAAACCAUCACAAGACGUAUUGGCUGAAAGAAAAGCAAAAUUAGAACGUAAAAAAAAAUUUAUUGAAGAAGAAACUGAAAAAGAAAAAUUGGAAUCUAAAAGAGAAACUCAUCCUGAAGGUGAAUGGUUAUUGAAACCUUGUAUUUAUAAAAGAAGAUAA